GGUGGUAUAUUGAAUUUGAAAAAAAAAUUAAUAAAAUUCUAAUGUUCCAGCAAACCAUGAGACUUUCGUCUUUAAGUCGCAAUGUAUCGCUUCGUGAUUUGACGAAUUCUUGUAAAAGAAUCUUCCUGGAAUUGCCGCAAAACAGCUUUACUAAAGACCGGUUGUGUGGUAGGUCUGAGCAGGUGUAGUUACAAAAGUUAGUCUCACAAUCGACCGCCUUGCUUCUGACAGCGUAUCAAUAAUGGAUUCCACUUAAGUGGAUGAUAAAUGACCCUAUCCUGAUGAACCGAAGGCUUUGACGUAGGCGUACUUCCAUUCACCUAUAAAAGCAAAAACGUGUGUUGCGAAGCCAUCAUUAGACGGAGGGGUUCGUUGACUAAUGAACAGUUUCAGUUUCUUCAGACCUUUGCAUGUGAAUUAAGAUAGUAUCAGCGAAGAGUUGUAAGAAAAUGCUGUCAUCAUGGAAAAUCGUUUUAAAAGUUUUGAUUGUCGUACAUCGAGCCAUGGAAAUUUGUUGUUUUCGAUUUGCUCUGAUUUAUGAUGAGGGACUGGACCGACAUCAACCAAGCAGCAACAUAGAAUCAUGGAUGAGGGCUGCCGUUGCCGAUGCUAACCGUAUUUGUUGUCCAGCCUCGGCUAGCUACAAAACGUUCCAGAUCUCGAAUGACUCGCAGCUGCCUGCAAUAUUAGAUCAAGUGCACACAUUGGACGCCAUGGUGGUUUCUGUAAUCGAAUGUCGGAUUGCUGAUUUUAUCGAAGCAAUUCUGUUUCCUUCUAUGUUACUAUUUCUCCGCCUGGAUUUUUCUCGGUGUCCUGCAAUAACUAAUGGACGGGAAACUGAUCGUUUAGAAUUUUAUCACCUGAAUGACUUUAACAGAGAUACCUGUGGCAGUCUUGCUAUAACCCGGUGGUUGGAACAAAACAUCUGUUUGCCGUUCGUGGACAAUAAUGCAACAUUUUUCAUCAUGGAGAAUGGGACGUCUAGCAGUGCCAGUAGAGAACUGCAAGACUGUACUGGUUUAGAUGAUCUCAAGUGGAGCAGUGUCACCUAUCCAGUGACGUUCGAUUCUCCAGACCUACCUGACAACGUUGAAUGGCACCAUUUAUUGAAUGGAAAGCAUUUACGAUUAACAUCACUUGAGCGACCACCUUUUGUGAUUUUUGAGCGUGAUUCGUAUGGAUCUGUCAUCGCGUACAAAGGAUAUUGCUACGAAAUCAUCAACGCAUUGCAAGAAACAUACAACUUCACAUACGAAGUUGUGCUUCCUGGUGAUAAAAGCUAUGGAAAAAUAAUGCCGAACGGAAGUUGGGACGGAAUGCUUGGAUUGAUUCUUAAGCAAGAUGCCGAUAUUGGUUUGGGUCCGUUUUCUGUUACUUAUUCUCGAUAUGGAGUUGUGGAUUUCUCUGUAGGGUUUCACGAAGAAACGGCCACUAUAUUGAUCCCGCCACCCGGCGAGGAAAAUCGCUUACUAGUUUGCUUGAAGCCCUUUCUUUGGCAGGUUUGGCUUUCUUUGGGUGUGCUUGUGGUAAUCUUGCCCGUCAUCCUCUGGGCGCAUUUUAUGUGUUUACGAUUCCCUCAUGAAGAAAAAACCUGUCCAGGCUUAGCGAAACAAUACUUCUUUGUACUUGGGGUCCUGAUCGGCCAAUCCGGACAAAAAUUCGUUUCGUUUGGGUAUUCGCCUCGUUUGCUUGGAGCCGUUUGGUGUGUAAGCGCUGUCGUGUUUGCAAGUGCAUAUGUUGGAGUUCUUGUUUCGUUUUUGCGGUUUCCUAAAUUAACGCCCAUUAUCAAUAAGCUUGAAGAAUUGCCAGUUUCCCACCUGAAAUGGGUCAUUCCACGAGGAACAGCUCUCGAAUCACUAUUCACGGAGGCGACAGCUGGAGUUUACAAGACUAUAGGGGAAGGAUUGUCAGACACACGAGGUAGUCUUAUCGACUCUGGCCUGGACGGAAUUCAUCGUGUUAUUCAAGGCAGUCAUGCUUACAUAGAUGAAAAAUCUUAUCUCGUUUCUUUCAUUGCCGAGGAUUACGAGCGCUCGGGCACGUGUCGUCUCAGUUUUGCAUAUGAAGAAUUUUUCAAAGUCAGUUUAGCCUUUCCGUUACCGAAAAAUAGCUCCCUCAAACCUUUACUGGACAAGAAGAUUAUGCAGAUGAUGGAAGCAGGCCUUGGAAACUAUUGGAAACAAAUUUAUUGGCCGUCUUCUGGUGGUAAAUGUGGUCGGAGCAUACAACCCAUUGUCGGACCCAAAAGUCUUGGCCUUUCGGAUUUACAAGGUGCUUUCCUUAUUUUAGCCGUAGGAUAUGGGAUGGCUCUCGUUAUCUGUUAUGCAGAGAGCCGGUGUGGUUUGGCCAACAUCGUGCGUUCCAUUAGAGGGGAUUCAAGGUAUCUUAUUUUACUUGUGUCGAAAAGGCUAGGUUUUUAACUUGUGUAUCGAUACAUUUUAAAGCUGGAUUAGUUGCAAUUCGGUAGAUCAUGGCAUGUUAUCAUGUUUUGUAUGCCAAGUUGUGAUUUGUCCAAUGGAUCUAGAUAAUUGUUUGAAAAUUCACCUGCUACAUUCAAGCCAUAAACAUAUAGAAUAUUGUCACGUGCAGGAGGUUUUGAAUCGGGGGUGAUUCACCCACUCAACCCUCGAUAGAUUUAUGAUUACGAGGUUAAGUCGUAUAGAAGUAGUCGAGUCGUAAGUACCGAUGGAGUAAAUGGCUGAACCACUUCAAUCUAGUCGUCCAGUCUGGUCAGGCAAUGUAUGAUAGUAUAUGUGAGCUAGUCGUCUGCGCUGUAGUAACAAUUCGCUCAGCGGCUUGGUGAGCCGCCGAGACAAAUUGAAAUUCAAAGUGGUUGUACUCCAAACCUUUGUUUCAUUUCCCUUUAUUUAAAAAUUACACAAUUGAAAGAGAAAACUAAGAUUUUACCUGAGACCAGAGUUCAAUUUUGGUUAUAGUAGGUGAGGUUUGAUGAAACUGAAAGUAAAUAUUUUAUUGUUAUAUUUGUCGGAAAUCAAAACAAACCCGACAAAACAAAACCGAAAUUUUUGCAAAUUUUGUAUUUAAAAAAAUACUUCAAUGUAGUAUGAAAAUAUAUCGUGUAGAUUAAAAAUUUAA